AUGGCUGCAAAAAUGGAGUCGGAGAGGUUAGGAUUCAUCAAGUUAAACCAAUCCAAAUUUAGAACCGACUCGUACAUUCACCUUCGUGAUGGUCUGCGUUCUGAUGGUGACCCACGCAAUCUCGGCAAACCGUGCAUUUUGCCUUCCUCUUAUACUGGUGGCCCUCGAUACAUGCAUGAAAGGACACAAGACGCAAUGACCUAUGUCCGUCAUUACAGGAGGCCUGAUUUGUUUGUCACGUUCACGUGCAAUCCAAAAUGGGUUGAAAUCACACGCGAACUUUUUUCAGGUCAGCAGUACUCACACCGCCCAGACCUAAUUGACCGCGUUUUCCGGUUACAGCUGCGUAAGCUUAUGGAUUUAAUCCUUAAAGGGCAAGUCUUCGGACGCGUUAAGUGUCAUAUGUAUACAGUGGAAUGGCAGAAACGCGGUUUGCCUCAUGCUCACAUCCUGCUGUGGCUCAACGAUAAGGUUGACGCAAACAAAAUAGACGAUUUUUUUCCUGCUGAAAUUCCGGAUCUAGCGCUCCACGAAAUCAUUAAAAACAAUAUGAUACACGGCCCCUGUGGCGCGAAUUACGAAAAAAGGUCAUGUUGA